AAAAAUGGAAAAUAUAUUGGAAAAUCCCAAUUUAUUGGUGUCUUUCAUAAACUUAUGGUCAUAAAAUAGUCCUAUUCAAUUGUGAAUCCCCGUUCCCAAAAUUUCUUAAUCGCGUAAUUCUUGUGAGCUCGCAUGUUUCGAGCAAUCAGCUGUUUUUAUUCGAACAUAACAGCUGUUGGAAAUUACAAUACAAUAAUUUUUGCAAAAAUGUAUAGAAUUGGAUCGCUUAUUUAUUUACUCAAUAAUGAGGAAGAAAUGGAAAAGCAUAAAAGUGAGAAAAUGUUGAGACGUAAUAUACGCGAUGCUUCAAAUCCAUUGGAGCUUUCAAAUACUGAGUUUUGUCAAUAUUAUAGACUAAACAAAUCUGGAAUUACUCACUUCAGCAUUGCCAAAAACGCAAAGGAAAGUAGCCAUACCUCCAAUUGUAAAAUUAACGCUUGUUUACGAUUUUUUGCAGAGGGGUCAUAUCAAAAAGGUAUUGGUAGAGACUAUCAGGUGACAAUGGCACAAUCAACCUUUAGUGAAGUGCUAUCGGAGUUCCUGAAUGCAGUAGAAAAUUCAAUUUGUCAGCAAUGGAUAACGUAUCCAACACGGGAUGAGAGUAAAAUCUACGCGCAAGCGUUUUACAGCAAGUUUGGAAUACCAGGUGUUUUGGGUUGUACAGACGGCACUCAUAUUGUUAUAAUUUCACCGAAGGAGGGGAAGCAUUUGUAUUAUAACCGAAAGGGACGAUUCAGCUUAAACGUGACACUUAUAUGUGACCAUGAAAUGCGCAUACGCUUCAUGGACACUACACAUCCAGGAGGAUGUAAUGACUCUUUUGUCUGGAGUAUGAGCCCAAUUAGAAAAGAAAUGGAGAGAUCAUUUGGAAGAAGGAACAAACAUGUGGUUGUUAGGUGAUGCAGGCUAUCCUCUGGAACCCUGGCUUAUUACGCCUUUUAGAAAUGCCGAUGUUGGAACUGUGGAGAUGAAAUUCAAUGACACACAUACGAUGUGCCGGAACAUAAUAGAGAAAACGAAUGGUGUUCUAAAAAAUAGGUGGAGAUGUCUACUGGGUGCAAGGGAAUUACAUUACAAUCCCAAAAAGGCUAUUCAAAUAACAAAUGUUUGCACUGCACUCCACAAUAUCUGCAUUACUUAUAGAUGUAAUGAAGUACCUAGUAACGUUUUUCAAGAUUACAAUAAUGAUACAAGUGUGUACACCAGAGGGCUGCAAUGAGUAUGAUUGAGUAUGCUUGAUCACACACAGUGGAAAUACAAUCAAACUCAAUCAGUCGGUCAGAUGCAACAUGUUCAUUCGAGUUACUCAAGCCAAACGAAAAAGUUGUGAUCAAACAUGUAUUGAUCGAAGUUUUGUGAUCGCAAU